CGCUAGCCCUCCCAGGCUCCGGGACUCGUUUGCGCGGUUUUAAGGACGUAGAACCACCUUGAGUCGCCAAGACAGUUUCCCCGCAGUAGCUGUGACCCUGCGCAACAUCCAGCGAGGAGCCGCCAGCGCCAGCAGCCGAGCAGAGCUCCUCCCAACAGUCAGUGCCAAACGAUGGCCGACGCCGCGAAAGUGCGGCGCGGGGCGCGACGCAACCGCAACAAGAAGAAAACGAAGGAGCCCGCGACCGCGUCGCCCGAGGGCUCGUUCGACGAGCCGGGCGACGGCGCCGCGCCGCCGCCGCCGCCGUCGCGCACCGACGCUGUACUUAGAAUAGAAGAACUAGAACGAGAGAACGCCGCCGCGCGCAAAGCCGAGGCCGAAGCUUUGGCCAAGAUUCAUGAAUUAAGCCAGAGGGCCGAGGGCGACGCGUCGUCUCUAGAUGAACAGCUCGCGAAAGUCACAAAAGCGCACCAGGCCACGGUCGCGUCCUUACAGAGCGAGCUCGAGGCCGCGCGCCAGGCGGGAGCCGCGCCGCUCCAGCAGGAGCUAUCGCGUCUCCAAGCAGCUUUGGAUGCUGCAGAGACGUCCAAAGCAAAAGCUCUAGCCGACGCGUCCGAGGCGCUGGAGCAGUUCAAAAGAGACGCCGCAACACGAGAAACGGAAUUACGGGAGGCGGCCCACCAAGACAUCAUGCGCGAGCGCGGUCUGGCCGAGAAAGCCACCGCUCAAGCGCCCGACGCGGCCGCGAUCCGGGCGGCGCUCGUCGAGGAGUUCAAGGGCAAGCUCAAGCAAAAGGAAGCCAAGCUCGUCGCCCAGUUCGAGACCAAGUCGAAGGCAGCGAGCGAGCUCAUAGCCAGAGCUGAUGAAAAAGAAAAGGAAGCGUCGGCACGAGCGGAGACGUUACGAGCUGCUGCUGCUGCUGCAGAAGCCGAAACGAAAACACUCGAGGCGCGCAUCAAAGCACUCGAGGGCGGCGGCUCCGACGCUCUCAAAGCCGCCGUCGACGCCAAGGAGGCCGAGGUCCGCCAGCACCUCAUCGGCAAGCUGAAAGAAAAAGUGCAAAAAGCUAAGCAAGAUGCAAUUGCCGACGCCCAGAAAUUGAUCGCAGAACGAGAACAAGCUGCCAAAGAUGAGGCCCAAUCUCAAAUCCAGGCUUUGGAAGCUAAACUCCAAGAGAUCCAGCAGGCUUCGGAACAAGCCAUCGCUAGCUUCGAGCGCGAGAAGGGCGAGGCCGCCCAAGUCUUUGAGGGUCUACUCAAGGAGAAGGACGACCAGCUCGCAGGGUUCAAGAGCGACUUCGACAAGGCCUGUGCUGCCGAGUCGGCGAAGAGGGCGGAAGAAGCCGCGGCGGAGGCCUCCAAGAAAACAAGGGACGAGCUCCUGGGCAAGUUGAAAGAUAAAGUAGCCAAGGCGCGGGAGGAGGCGCUCGCCGAGGGUCGCAAGCAGGCGGAAUCGGAGGCGGCCGAGGCGUUGAAGGCGGCGCGAGUUAAGGCUGAGGAAGAGCGGGCCGCGGCCGCCGAGGCCGCGGCCGCCGAGGCGUCGUCCAAGGCGGAGGCCGCUGCCAAGACGAAGAUUGCUGAACUGGAGACGAAGCUAGGUGCGGCUUCAGAUGAUAAGGAGCAAGCGGUCGCGGCCGCGUUGAGUGAAGCGAGCGCGGAGAGCGAGAAGGCGUUGAGUGAAGCGGCCAAGAGAGUAAAAGCUCUGGAGGACGCCCUCGCGGCGGCCGGCGACCUCUUCCAGAACGAGAAGCGGGAGGCCCUCGAAGACUUGACGCAGAAGCACGAGAGUGUUCUGGCGGAUGUUGAAAGAAAAGUCGGCAAGGCGCGCGCGGACGCGGAGAGUAGUCAGAAGGCCCUGGAGGCGGCCCAAGCGAAGCACUCCGAGGCCUUGGACGACGCGGCCGUCGCGCAGGAGGAGGCCGUCGCGACAGCGUUAUCGAAGGCAUCAGAGGAGCACGCCGUGACGAGUGCCACAAAGGUGGCCGAGGCAGUAACGAAGGCGAACGACGACGCGGCGACGGCGCGGGCGGCGCUGACGCAAUCCUUGCAAGCGGCGCAAACGAAAGCAUUGGAGGCGCAGGCCGACUCCUUGCAGGAGACGCACGAGGCUUCGACACGCAAGCUCGAGGCGGUCCACGAAGAAGCCCUGGCCGCGCAGAAGCGUGAUGCGGAGGCCCUCUCCAGCAAAAUAGAUAGAGCGGACGCCGCGCGCAAGUCCCUGGAAGCGAAGUGCAACGACCUCGAGGCCAGGCUUAAACAAGCCGCGGACGCGCACGCGCGGGAGUUGCGGGCGACGCGGGAGGAUCUAGAAUUGAGACACCGCGCGGACAAGGAGGCCGCGGUCCUCCAGGCGAAGUGGGGGGCGUCCUCUGAACCGGCUAAACCAAAGGCGGCGCCCGUGCAACGCGACGACGGCCGCCGCAUCAAAGAGUUGGAGGCCGCGCACGCUAUUGAGCUGCGAAGGGCUAGAUCGGAAGCCGAGCACCUGCGCCAGCAGUGCGACGCGCUCCAGCAGUCGAACGCGUACUACGAGCAGCGCGGGAGCGGCGGUUGCGCGGUCGACGUCGUUCCCCGCGCGUCCUUCGCGGCGCGGGGCUGCAUGGCGUCGGUGUCGUCCAAUAUUGACCGGCUCAUGAACAUCGAGCUGCCGUUCAACUCUCGAUGAGUAACUUCGUGCCUGUCU